GGAAGGUUGUCAUGUCUCCUGGUAUUUUCUCUGCAAGACAUAUAUGCCUACCUCUUCUUUUGUACAAUUGUACUUAUCUUUCUCCAUAAUUUUGCAUUCAUAAAGAGAGUGAAACAUUUAUAUAAUCUUAUCUCAAUUGAAAGAAAUUCUCUUUGAAAUUUUAGUGGAAACCUAUGUUGGCAUGAAAAAGAUGGAACUGGCAACACUAGACAUCAUAAUCUGCUGUCUGACUGAAGAUUUUAUGCACCAGUGCCAUUAACAGCUCACUUUUGUGCUGUGAAAUGAAUCACAGUUGUGAUUAUCUAGUUCAGAAAAGCUGCAGAAUACUCAGUAAGAAAACGCUUUGGAUUUUAAACAAUUUCUUGAGAACAUUAAGAUGACCAGGAAAAGUGGAGAUUUAAUGUUGCAUAUUAAUUAACAAUAUCCUCUUGUAAAUAAUAGAAUUAACACAACCAUGUGCUCAUCGCUGCACUGUGCUGUCAUACAAGAGCUCCGUCAUCAAAAAUUUAGCCAACAAGUGACGUGACAAAUUCUGUAGACAAUGUGUGAUAUUCAAAAAAAGUUUCUCUGUCCCCGUUUGGUGGACUACCUCGCCAUUGUGGGAGCACGCCCACCAGGUCCGGGACCAGGCUCAAGAGUGGGCUCCAGUGGCAGUACUCCUGCAGUGCAGACUCCAGAACUGUUGCGCAGGUAUCCAAUGGAAGACCACAAGGAUUUCCCUUUGCCUCUUGACAUGGUUUACUUUUGUCAGCCGGAAGGCUGUGUCUCUGUGGGACCACGCCGUACUGCUCUACGAGAAGCAACCUCUUUUGUCUUCACAUUAACUGAGAAGGAUUCAGGCAAGAGUCGAUAUGGAAUCUGCGUUAAUUUCUACCGCCCAAUGGAACGUGUUGCACCACCUGCUGGACUUGGUGGUUCUCGCCGAGACCGUCGCUCGUCAGCAUUUAGAAGAGAGUCGUGGAGAAAGAGUGUUGAAAAAAGCUCAGAUUCAGCUUUUUCUAGUGAUUACCGGAGCAGUCAGGUGGCCCCUAGUGACUCUGACCGGGAUUGUCCCAGCAGCAGCAGACGGGAUUCUGACAGCCAGCAUCCAGCUAGCCUGCGACUGGGGGUGGCCGGAGCUGGGGUACCUGGCGGGGGUAAUGAUUCGGAGAGUGGUGGUUCUCAUUCCCCUUCACCUCGUGCCAGCCGUCGUGCUAGACAGAGGGUCCGGAAUCAUUCUCUGACUUCUUUGUGCCUCUUAUCUCAUCACCCAUUUUUCUCAAUAUUUCGCGAAUGUUUAUUCAUUCUCAAGAAACUCAUAGAUGCUUGCAAUGAGAAUACAUCACCAAGACGUGUUGGGGCUUCCAGGCAAAUUUCAAGGGAUUCGGUGUGGAGUGUGCUGACUGGUAGGGCCUAUGAUGGUACACCAUCUAUUGUUUUACAUGAUGUACGUGAAAUUGAAACAUGGAUCCUGCGGUUACUGAGUGCACCAGUUCCAGUGCCUGGGAAGACAAGAGUGGAGGUGGAAGUCUUGUCACCAAGCGUUCGUCCACCACUCGUAUUUGCUCUUCCUGAUCACACACGCUUUUCCUUGGUGGACUUUCCAUUGCAUUUGCCAUUAGAAUUAUUGGGUGUUGAUAUAUGUGUGAAAGUCCUUACACUCAUACUUCUUGAGAAUAAGCUGGUGCUACAAUCACGAGAUUACAAUGCCUUGUCCAUGUCUGUGAUGGCAUUUGUAACAAUGAUUUACCCAUUAGAGUAUAUGUUCCCUGUGAUACCUCUCUUACCAACAUGUAUGAGCUGUGCUGAACAACUAUUACUUGCACCGACUCCUUUCGUCAUUGGUAUACCAGCCAGUUUUCUAAUGUACAAAAAGAAUUUUAGGCUUCCUGAUGACAUCUGGCUGGUCGACUUGGACUCAAAUAAGAUAACGCCGCCAUCUGGAGCAACAGAUGAACUACCACCAUUACCAGAACCUGAGGGGACAAUUUUGAAAAACCAUCUUAAACAGGCACUGUCAAGUAUGUCACUGGCAGCACCAACAGUAGUGGUUCCGAGAGAAGAAUCCAUAACCACAGAAGCACAUCAGCAACAUCCCUCUCAGGGCCAGUGGCAGGGUAGCUCUGCUGCACCACCCCAGCAAUAUUAUCAGCCUCACCAAGUUCAACAACAUCAUCAACAACUGCAGCAGCAACGGCAACUGCAACAGCAGCAGCAGCAGCAGCAGCAGCAGCAACAGCAACAACAACAACAACAACAACAAAUGAGCUCCAUCCCUAGGCCAGGAAUGGGAGCUCCUAGUGGCAGAAGAGAAUCACAUGUUCCAGAACCUUUACAUGCUUCAACAGGAUUCAACCCAUUCAUAUAUGGAAAUGAUGUUGACUCUGUUGAUGUUGCGACAAGAGUAGCAAUGGUGAGAUUUUUCAACUCCCAGAAUCUUCUAGCAAAUUUUGCUGAACACACGAGAACACUGAGACUCUAUCCAAGACCUGUUGUGGCAUUCCAGAUUAAUAGUUUCUUGAGAUCCAGGCCUCGAACAACACAUUUUCUUAACCGCUUUGCUCGUACUCAGGCUGUAGAAUUUCUGGCAGAAUGGUCUCUAACUCCUAGCAAUGUCGCAUUCUUGCGUGUGCACACUGGGGUGUUUGAUCCUACUCUUAUUGGAGAUAAAUCCAAGUGGUAUGCACAUACUCUGGAACCCAUUUACUUCAGUGUGUGGGAUGAGAGCAGUUCACUGAGUGGGGCAUUGCGAUCAUUACGUCAGCAGGAGCAACCAACAGAUGAAAGUGGUUCUGAUUCAGAAGGAGCUGAGAGCACAAGCUCAUCAUACUCUUCUCUCAGUGACUUUGUAUCAGAAAUGGUAUCAUCCGACUUAUCACCAAGUUUCCCACCAACAUCGGUUGAUCGUACAGAGCCACCACCAGCUGCACUGACCAUUCAGCCAUUAGCUCUGUGUAGUGGCCUUGACCACCGCACUGUAUAUAAUCCACCAAGCAGUCUGCAGUUUCCUGGUUCCAUGAUGCCUGCUGUCAGUGCUCCAGCAACAUCACCUCCAGGCUCAACCUCUUCUAGCAGAAGUGAUCUCAGCUCCCCUUCCCUGAAUCGUGAUUCUGAACUUGAUUUUGCUGCAGCUGUUGCUGUUGCAAAUAGUAGUCAGGAACAAUUACCAGCUGAAUCAUUGCAACCUCAGCAACUGGGAACACUGGAGAAGGAAGAUAUAGCAAGCCCAGGUGGAGAAUCAGAUUCCAACUCAACGAUGACAACAGCUACCCCUAAGACUGUACUAAGUCAACAGUCAUCUAUACCGCACCGAUCUCCUACUCCCAGCCUUGGUAGUGAGGGCUCUGGUUCACUCUCACUAGGAGGUUCAUCAGAUAGAGAGAGAGAUAGGCCUGGCACUCCAAGAGCACCUCAUCGUCCACCACGGCCUGCCACACCAGUUCCUCCUUCAAGCCCAGGCCCACAGCGCCAAACAAGCUUGGGAAAUGUCCUGGCACGUACUGCUAGUUUUGGUUCGGGAAGCAGCAGGGACAGUGGCAGUGGGAGUAGUGGCGUUCCACGACAGGGUAGCCAAACAUCAUUGCUGGAACAAUUUGCUGUUUCUGCAAAGGAAUUGGUGCGAGAAACUACACGGCAGAGUAGUCAGGAUGGACUCCUUGCACAUAUGGACAAGUUGAAACUACAAGCCAAAGAAAAAAUCAAUGAGGCAACUCAUGAAGAGGGAAGUUUAUUUGCACCUCUUGAACAGCUUACUAUCCAGGCCAAAAAAGCAGCUGAAGAGGCUUCAAAAUCCGUCCAAGAAGCAUCUAAGACAGCUCUGGAAGCUAGUAAGACUGCAGCUGGUGUCAGCAAGAAUACAUUUGAGGAUUUGACAUAUGUUGGAAAGAGUACCUUGGGUGAUCUAACAAAAAGCGCCAAACAGGCUGCAGCAAAGAAAGGAUUUAUUAAGCCCAACCAACAACAGCAGCACCAACAGCAACAGCAGCAGCAGGGAAAUAUCCAGACAGCUACUGGACAGCCGGGAGGUGGUCCAAACAACUUAUUGGUGCAGCCUGAUCUAGGCCGCACUGCAGGCAGAGACUUCUUCUCCAAUGUCAGUUCAGAGCUGAAUGGCAUUGCAGCCCAGACCUCCAGCAUGUUCAGUGGAUUCUUUGGAUCAAAAAGCACAUCUAGUCCUAGAAGCAGUAGCCCUGGAACGGCAGCUGCCACUGUCACCAAGCCCAAAGAAAAGGCACAGCCAUUUGGUCCUUUUCCUAAAGGCCGUAAGGGAUUAGUAGAAAAAUCAUCUCUGAUACGACAUACAACUACGAAAAGCAGACAAGAGGAAUUGCAAAGAAUACAGAGUGCUGAACGUUCCACCACAAAUUCUGAGAAUCAAGCUUUCCUGAAGGAUGUUGUGAAUCAAGUUUUAGAUGGGGAAGGUGUUGGAUGGUUAAAAUUAAAUCGCCUGAAAAAGCUUAUGGAGGAUGAGAGCUACAGAAACUUUGUAGUGAGCAAGUUGAAUCGUACUCUGGAGAGAAAAAUCAGUCCUGAUGAUCACAUUGAUGAUGUUUGCGUCAGUCGAGCUGUCUGGAAAGGCAUGUUGAAAACACUACAAGCUGUGAUAUACGGCUUAGAGCAAACAUAUUCAAACUAUGGUUUGGGUGGCAUGGCGUCAGCAUUUCAAGUGCUGGAGAUUGCACAUACACACUACUGGACAAAAGAUUUAUCAGAAGCUCCAGGCAUGGAUCUUGCUGCUAGCAGCACCGCUGCGAUGUCACAGGCAUCAAGUCCAUUUGGAAGUCAUGAAAAUCUGAAGUCCCCGCAGAGCCCGCAUGGUUUCCAGCUUCCCCCUCACUCCGAUUUUUAUCCUCCAGACAGUUCUCGGAAAUCAUCUCAGGCUGGUAUUUAUGAUUCACCUCCAUCAGUGCGGUUGAUUCAGGAUCCUCAACAAGGAACAGAAGAAAGUGGUGAUGGGCAGUCUACCACUGAUAUGCUCCGUGAUUUGCUCAAUCAGAAACGGCAUUUGCUUUUAUCUAAACUAACCUCCAUGGACUCUGAGGGUGGGACUGAGAACACUUUACAUGGCUCAACUGAGGGUGUGGCUUCUUGCAAUGCAUCCGAUGCUGGCAGUAUCAUCACAAACCCGGCAUUCACAAGACAAAGGGCCGGUCACCAAGCUUCGUUCCGUAGUACUGUUUCUGAUAGUGAGAUAGAACAGGGCAAUUUUCCACGCCAAGCAAAGCAACGAACACCUAGUGUCUGGUCGAGCAAAUCAUCUCUUAGCACCGGAUUUCGAUAUCAUGGUGGAAAUAUGAUCAACACUUCAACAACACCAAGUCCUGAUACAGGAAGAACAUAUCUCUUUGAAGGACUUAUUGGCAAGGAACGCUCCAGCCUGUGGGACCAGAUGCAGUUUUGGGAGGAUGCCUUCCUUGAUGCAGUUUCACAAGAAAGAGAUAUGGUUGGAAUGGAUCAAGGACCAGGAGAGAUGAUGGAAAGGUAUAAUUCUCUCAGUGACACAGAAAGGAAAAGGUUGGAACAUGAUGAAGAUCGACUUCUUUCCACAAUGUUGUAUAACCUGGUAGCAAUCAUGGUCAUGAUGAAUGUCAAUAAAUUAGAUAUAAAGCGUAAAGUGCGCAGACUGCUUGGAAAGAGCCAUAUUGGGUUAGUCUACAGUCAAGAAGUUAACCAGUUACUGGACCAAAUAAACAACCUGCAUGGCAAUGACAUUGAUCUGAAGCCACUAGGCUCAAGGCAGAUGCACCGACAAAGCUUUACAGUUCAUGCAGGUGUAGAUCCUUCUGGUGAUUUACUGUUCCUUGAAGUUCGUGAAGAUGGACUUGUCUUGCGUUCUGUGAAUGGUACAAUUGUUGAGCGGUGGUGGUUUGAACGGCUUGUUAACAUGACGUACAGCCCAAAAAAUAAGGUGCUGUGCCUUUGGAGACGAAAUGGUGGUCAGACACAGUUGCAUAAAUAUUAUACGAAAAAGUGUAAAGAUCUCUACUAUUGCAUAAAAGAAGCAAUGGAGCGGGCAGCAGCAAGAGGUAGUGGUGCUCUGGCCGGAGUAGAACUUGGAGGGGAGUUCCCAGUACAAGAUAUGCGAACUGGUGAAGGUGGCUUACUGCAAGUGUGUCUUGAGGGAGUUGGUCUGCUUUUUGCCAACAGCAAGUUCUUUGUACGGUUGGAUCACAUUCGCAAAUGCUUCACUCAGAAAGGUGGAAUCUUCGUCUUGGAAGAAUAUAACCCCAAGACAAGACAGGUGAUACAGAGGAGGUACAAGUCUUCAAUGGAUAGUGAAUUGAACCUGGCUGUCCAUCGUGUGAUAUCUGUAAAGGUUGCACAAAGCAUGCUGCUCUCCGAACGACCCCUCGCAUGAUAUAUGAAACUGCUCUCUCAUUGUCUCAGAUCAGAUUUGCUACUCGGUGCUGUGUGUUUUCUCGUAUGUCGCAGCAGGACAAGAACACAGGCAUUUGCAGCAAAGUCAAGGAGAUGGGGUGUCUCUUCCAUCACAACAACACUCGUCACACUCUCCACAGCAC